AGCUCGGGUUCCAGUGAAGUGUAUGGUGAGGCUCUCAAGACAAUUGAGCUUUGAGCCCCAUCUUCACUGUUCAUGUGGCCAUCUAUCAUUCCACGCGAGAAUUCUAGAGAAUGACUUGAGCAUUAUGGGUUAUCUCAAAUUGUCUCACGCAUGAUCAGAGCCGACUACUUCACCACGUUACUUUUUGUGGAUUUAUGGUCACGAGGAGAAACUUUAGCAAGCAUCAGUCCGUCGCGCUUCAUUGGAUGUAACCGUACAUGAGAGAAGCAUCGCGAUGGCCUACGAUCAACGCGGGGACCACGGAGGGGGAGGAAAUGAUGGCAUCGGAUUCGUGAGGACCAGAGGCCGUAGGCCAGUCACUGACUAUGGCGCGACUAUGGCACAUUGGAUGCGUAAUCGCGACGCCAGAUACAAAGGGUCCUUCAAAGGUGAAGCAGAGCGGCCCAGUGCCAGCUAUAUCGUCGAUAUGCUUCCCCCUUUGGCACGGGUCACUGCUCCUGCCGAUUCGGUGCCAGCCAAGCACCUGCACUCAUCCCUUAACAAGAUCAAACACCCGGUGAACAUCGUUCGAUGGACACCCGAAGGCCGCAGGUUAUUGACGGCCUCUAGCAGCGGCGAAUUCACCUUAUGGAAUGGCACCGGUUUCAACUUUGAGACCAUCAUGCAGGCUCACGAUGUCGCCAUCCGGGCAAUGGCAUACUCACACAGUGAUGACUGGCUCAUAUCAGCAGACCACGACGGCACCAUCAAGUAUUGGCAACCCAACUUCAACAAUGUUCAAGUUAUCCAGGGCCAUAAUGAUCCGAUUAGAGACAUUGCCUUCAGCCCCAAUGACUCAAAGUUCGUCACGGCAUCUGAUGAUUCGACACUCAAGAUCUUUGACUUCACAGGGGGGUCAGCAGAGUCGACAUUACAAGGCCAUGGAUGGGACGCCAAGAGUUGUGACUGGCAUCCAACCAAGGGUCUCAUCGUUUCUGGGUCAAAAGACCACCUGGUGAAGCUAUGGGAUCCGAGAUCAGGGCGUUGUCUGACCACCCUACAUGGACACAAAAAUACCAUUACCAAAACACUCUUUGAGCGAGUAAGGGGUUUCUGUUUAGCAACGUCAGCGCGAGAUCAGACAGCACGCGUUUUCGAUUUGAGGAUGAUGCGAGAUAUCUGCCUCCUGAAGGGACAUGAAAAGGACAUCUCAACACUGGCCUGGCAUCCGAUCCACUCCAACCUACUGAGUACUGGUGGGUCUGAGGGUUCUCUAUUCCACUACCUCCUGGACGAGCCCAACACGCCUGCUGGACAGCCCAUCAGCCUCAGUCCCUACGAGAGCGCCGACCCCACUUUAGCACCCGCACAAACUAUACACCCUGCACACAAGAUACCAUAUGCUCACGAUUUUGCCAUCUGGUCACUGGACUGGCAUCCCUUGGGUCAUAUCCUGGCGUCCGGUUCCAACGAUCGCAUUACUAGGUUCUGGUCCCGCGCACGCCCUGGAGAGACGGAGAUAUUUCAAGACCGAUACCACAUUGGUGAGGCAGCUGCUGAGGCCCAAGGAACAUGGCAUCGCCGAGAUAGCCGCCAUCAACGACAGGAGGAAGAGGAGCAAGAAAUGGAGGACGAGAUGGAGGGCUUGGUUGAUCAGAAGAUGCCUAUCAAGCAACCUGGAUCUGGCUUCCCAGGCCUACCCGGAUUACCCGGUCUAUCUCUACCAGCAAAUGGCGCUGUCCCGCCACCGCCGCAAAUCCCUGGCGUCGGUGGUGCUCCACCGUCUGGUAUUCCUCCUCUGCCUUUCCCGAUGCCUAACCUGAACGGGGCACCACCUCCUCCCCUGUUUCCUGGCAUGGACCCGAGCAAUCCUGCAGACAUGGCCAAGAUCGCCGAGAUGAUGCAGAAAGCUGGUGUCCAUCUGCCACCGCCUCCGGGUAUGCCGGGUAUGCUUCCGCCGGGACUUAUUCCGCCACCGAACUUCACCCUGCCUCCGGGGUUCCCACCGCCGCCAGUCCCAGCGCCGGGCUCCGAUGGACCAUCUUCCGAUAAUGGCGGUCGAAGGAGGGCACCCCUACCCAGUCAAGAGGAGAGCCUGCGGAUGGAGCAGAAGAGGGGCAAUUAUACAAGGGUUCGUUAGGGGUACAAGGGGGACAGUACUAUUGGAGCUCACGAGGAAGAGCGUCCCUCCUCAGGGUAAUGAGAGGAGUACUUGCAACGGCUUUUUGCACGAAGAGCAGUAGCUGGUUGGGCUCCACACGCAGUGUAUAAGCCGUGUUCUAUUUUGUGUAGAUGGGUCGAUACCCAGGCAUCAAUGGCGCGGGGUUUGCCACGAGAGUCCUUGGGGAAUCAUGGUCAUAGGGAUGGCCAAUGAGGGCAAAUUUGGCAUGGAG